AGAAAUCAAGAAGAGAAGGAUAGAAGAUCAUCUUUUGCCCUAAAAUAAUUCCAAAACUGUGCCCCCCACCCUCAAAAAAAGCUGCGAACAGAACCCAAAAACAGAAACAAACUCAUCACUCACACAUAAAAACCCACACCAUAUACUCUUCAAAGGUCAAACCAUCCCACCCACCAACACACCCACUAGUCCAAAUCACAACCACACCUCUCAUUAAUUCCCUCAAAACCCAUCUUCUACCAUGCCUUGCAUCUCAAAAUUGAGGUGAAUCUCAAAUUUUAGAUGUAAUAAAUGUGUCAAACCAACAAGAACACACUACAAUUUGCUUGUUUCUGAGCAGAAACAAACAGAUCGAUCUACAAAAAAAAAGGGUUGGAAACAAAGAAACAACAUAUGUAGAGUUAAUUAAGGAUCUCACCUCUCUAUUGAACUUUGAAAUGACGGGAGUUUCGUGCACUGAGUUUGGCGCAGUACUCAAUGGUGAGUCCGAGUAGAAGGAGAAUAUUAAUCAAUAGUGGUUGUGAUGAGUGGUAUAGAUCAGGGUUCGUUGUGACAAGACAAGAAGAAGGUGAAGGUAUGAAUUGUCAAGACUGUGGAAACCAAGCGAAGAAAGACUGUGUGCACAUGAGGUGCAGGACUUGUUGUAAGAGCCGAGGGUUUCAGUGUCACACCCAUGUCAAGAGCACUUGGGUUCCUGCUGCAAAAAGGCGUGAAAGGCAGCAGCAGCAGCAACAACUCACUGCUUUACAAUUUCAUCAUCAACAGCAACCAAAUCAACCACCGCAGCAGCAACAACAUCAGUUUAGUCUGCAGAGAUCAGCUCAUGGAGAGAAUCCCAAAAGGCAGAGAGAGAUUCCAACUACCACAUCAGGGUUAGAAGUGGGUCACUUUCCGGCUGAGUUGAGUUCUCCGGCGGUUUUUCGCUGCGUAAGAGUGAGCGGAAUGGAGGAGGCUGAUGAGCAGUAUGCGUAUCAGACGGCUGUGAACAUUGGAGGCCAUGUUUUCAAGGGAAUUCUCUAUGAUCAAGGCCUGGAAAGUGGUUACACCGCAGGCGGUGAGAGCUCCUCCGGCGGUGGAGCUCAACAAUUUAACCUCAUGGCUGCUGCCUCAGCGGCGGCCACGGCCACCGCCACUAAUCCAGCUGUCACAUACAUUGAUCAAUCUGUAUAUCCAGCUCCAAUCAGUGCUUUCAUGGCGGGUACGCAAUUCUUCCCACCACCAAGACCUUAA